AUUAAUAAACAGUUGUUGUGAAUUCUUAAUUGUUAGAUGGAGGAACUAGAUGGAGUUUCCGGCACCGGUACUGGCCAGCGCCAAAAUGAGAAUGAUUCGACGACGAAGGGCGGUGGUACGGUUCCUCCUCUGUACCGGUUAUUCAGAUUUGCAGACUCCACAGAUGCGGUUUUGAUGAGUGUUGGCACUAUUUCUGCUAUUGGGAAUGGCUUAUGCCUUCCUUUCAUGACCAUACUCUUCGGUGACCUGGUCGACUCCUUUGGCCAAAACCAGACCAAUAACAAAGACGUGCUUCGUAUUGUCUCCAAGGUUUCAUUGAAGUUUGUUUACUUGGCCUUGGGAGCUGGCACCGCCGCCUUCCUCCAGGUGGCCUGUUGGAUGGUAACCGGAGAGAGACAGGCUGCAAGAAUCAGGAGUCUUUAUUUGAAAACUAUCUUAAGACAAGAGAUUGCAUUCUUUGAUAAGGAAACAAACACAGGGGAAGUUGUCGGCCGAAUGUCCGGCGACACGGUUCUCAUACAAGACGCUAUGGGAGAAAAGGUUGGGAAGUUCAUACAGUUAUUAUCAACUUUCAUAGGCGGUUUCGUGAUUGCGUUUAUAAAAGGAUGGCUUCUUGCCCUCGUAAUGUUAUCAUCCAUUCCUCCGUUAGUGUUAGCCGGUGCUCUUGCCUCGCUCUUUGUUGCCAGGACAGCCACCCAAGGACAAAACUCGUACGCUAAAGCAUCUACAAUCGUUGAACAGACCAUAGGAUCAAUAAGAACGGUUGCCUCGUUUACCGGAGAGAGUGAAGCUAUAAGAAGCUACAAGAAGUCUCUUGUGGGCGCUUACAAGGCCGGUGUUAAUGGAGGUUUGGUUGCAGGCGUAAGCUUUGGAGCAGCUUACUGUAUUAUGUUUUCUAGCUAUGGUUUGGCUAUAUGGUUUGGUGGGAAAAUGGUAUUAGAAAAAGGCUAUACCGGCGGCCAAGUUCUAAACGUCAUUUUCAGUGUUCUAGCCGGAUCAAUGUCGUUGGGACAGGCGUCUCCUUGCAUGACAGCUUUUGCAUCAGGUCAAGCAGCAGCAUUCAAGAUGUUUGAAACUAUAAACAGGAAACCUGAAAUAGACGCAUAUGAUAGGAACGGGAAGAAGCUGGACAACAUCGAAGGAACCGUUGAGCUAAGAGAUGUCUACUUUAGCUAUCCGACCAGGCCAGAGGAACCAAUAUUCAGGGGAUUCUCUGUUUACAUUCAAAGCGGUUUAACCGCUGCCUUGGUGGGACAGAGUGGAAGUGGGAAGUCGACUGUGAUCAGUCUUAUUGAAAGAUUUUAUGAUUCCCAAGCUGGUGAAGUUCUUAUUGACGGGAUUAAUGUUAAGGAAUUCAAUCUGAAAUGGAUGAGAGAAAGAAUCGGUCUUGUUAGUCAAGAACCGGUUUUAUUCACUUGCAGCAUUAAGGAUAAUAUCGCAUAUGGGAAGCCUGAUGCCACCAUGGAUGAAAUCAGAGCUUCUGUUGAGCAAGCUAAUGCUGCAAAAUUCAUUGAUAAAUUGCCACAGGGAUUAGAGACAAUGGUGGGUGAACAUGGAACUCAACUGUCUGGUGGACAGAAGCAAAGAGUGGCUAUAGCCAGAGCAAUUCUUAGAGACCCGCGAAUCCUACUCUUAGACGAGGCAACGAGUGCUCUUGAUGCAGAAUCGGAGACCAUCGUUCAAGAGGCCUUGGAUCGGGUCAUGGUCAAUAGGACAACAAUCAUUGUCGCCCACCGGCUAAGCACGGUUAAGAACGCCCACAUGAUUGCAGUUAUUCAACAAGGCCAGAUAGUAGAAGAAGGAUCGCAUUCGGAACUGCUGAAGAACGAAGAUGGAGCAUACUCGAAGCUUGUGCAAUUGCAAGAAGUGAAGAGAAAUUCAGAUCAAUCCGAGGAUGCUGAUAUUUCUACUAGUAGUAGACAAUCCAGCAAGCGAAUAAGCGGAGGAUCAUCCGGAUUAGGAAACAGCAGCCGACGUAUCUCAAUCUCAUUCAGUCAUCAUCCAAUAGGCCCAACAAGCUUAAUGCCCGAAACCAUAUCAGUAGAAGAAGAACAAGAAAACAAGAAGCAGCUCCCAGUACCUGCUGCACAAGUGCAGCUUCGUCGCCUUGCAUCGCUAAACAAGCCAGAGAUUCCGGCUCUGUUAGCCGGAACUCUCUCCGCUAUCCUGGUCGGCUCAAUUCUUCCAUUUUUCGGAAUAGUAAUGUCAAGUGCGAUCAAAUCGUUUUACGAGCCGCCUCACGAGCUUAAGAAUCACACCAGGUUUUGGGCACUCAUGUUCUUCGUUAUGGGACUAGCAUGGCUCCUGGCUUUCCCGGCUCAAACGUUCUUCUUCUCAAUAGCGGGUUGCAAACUAAUAAGACGGAUUAGGACAAUGUGCUUCGAGAAGGUUGUUUACAUGGAAGUCGGUUGGUUUGACGAGCCUCAACACUCGAGCGGGGCCAUAGGCGCCAGGCUUUCGGUUGACGCCGCCUCUGUUCGGGCAUUGGUGGGAGACGCUCUCGGCCAGCUCGUGCAGACUUGUGCCUCACUUAUAACAGCUUUUAUCAUUGCUUUCACGGCUAGCUGGCAAUUGGCUUUCAUUGUACUUGCUUUGGUUCCUUUACUCGGACUUACGGGAUUUGUUCAAAUGAAGUUCAUCAAAGGAUUCAGUGCUGAUGCAAAGGUUAUGUACGAGGAAGCGAGCCAAAUAGCUAAUGAUGCUGUCGGGAACAUUAGAACAGUGGCUUCCUUCUGCGCAGAGGAGAAAGUGAUGGAUCUCUAUACAAAGAAAUGUGAGGGCCCUGUCAAGACUGCCAUCAAACAAGGGAUGAUAAGUGGGAUUGGAUUUGGAGUAUCCUUUGCUGCCCUGUUUCUCGUGUACGCUGGCAGUUUCUACGCAGGGGCACGUUUGGUUAAUGCCGGCAAGACCGAAUUCGCAGAUGUUUUCCGCGUUUUCUUUGCUCUAGCCAUGGGAGCCAUUGGUAUAUCUCAAAGCAGCUCAUUGGCCCCGGAUUCAAACAAAGCCAGGGCUGCUGCAGCAUCAAUAUUCGCCAUUCUGGAUAGGAAACCGAAGAUUGACUCGAGUGAUGAUUCCGGGAUGUCGACUUUGGAGACUUUAAGGGGAGAAAUCGAGCUUAAGAACGUAUGCUUCAACUACCCAACUCGACCCGAUAUUCAGAUCUUCAGUGAUCUAACUUUGACCAUCCCUAGAGGAAAGACGGUUGCUCUUGUUGGAGAAAGUGGAAGUGGGAAAUCAACUGUCAUCUCACUGUUACAAAGGUUUUAUGAUCCCAAUUCUGGGCACAUCACACUGGAUGGUGUCGAGAUUCAGAAGUUGAAGCUUAAGUGGUUGAGACAGCAGAUGGGACUGGUGAGCCAAGAACCGGUCUUGUUCAACGACACAAUCCGAGCCAAUAUAGCAUACGGGAAAGGAGGGAACGCCAGCGAGUCAGAGAUCCUGGAAGCCUCUGAGCUUGCUAAUGCCCACCAGUUUAUUAGCGGAUUGCAACAGGGAUACGAGACGAUGGUGGGAGAGCGAGGAGUUCAGCUUUCGGGAGGACAGAAGCAACGGGUGGCAAUUGGUCGAGCCAUAGUGAAGAAUCCUAAAAUCCUGCUUCUAGACGAGGCCACGAGUGCCCUUGAUGCAGAGUCGGAGAGAGUGGUUCAGGAUGCGCUAGACCGUGUCAUGGUGAACAGGACAACGAUUGUAGUGGCUCACAGGUUGUCCUCAAUAAAAAACGCAGACAUAAUUGCUGUGGUCAAGAAUGGGGUCAUCGUUGAGAAAGGGAACCAUAAUACCUUAAUAGCUAUCAAAGAUGGUGUAUAUGCCUCUCUUGUAGCACUUCAAAUGACCACAUCCUCCUAACAAUACAUGGUUAUCCUGUUCUGUUUUUCAACUUGUAAAAUUCUAUUGAUCACAAAAACAUUAUCAUAAUUUAUAAGCUGUCUUUUUUCCAACUACU